UUUGGCAUUGUAAUCAGCGUUGCCUUCAAGGCAUAUGCGGCGCCGACCUACUCGGUUCGAAACUGGGUUGUCAAUCUGGGCGACCAGCGCGAGGCGCGGCGCAAGCUCAGUGACUUUGACAGAUUGGUAGCCAGACAACUACCCAGGGCCUGUUCUGCCGAUGCGUAUCUGUACUGGGACAACGGGAGCUUGCGUCUCGGCGUGACUAUGUUCGAGACAUCUACAGCCGGGACUAGCUGCAAGACACCCCCAGCCGCACUCUCGAACAUCGCUGCGAUUCUAGGUCCACAAACAAGUUUCCGGACAGUGGAUUCCGUCGGUGUGUUCAAAGCCGAGAUGUACAUGUCCGGGAUACAUGGCGGGCACGGUGGCGGCAAGACGUCCUCCUUUAAACGCUGUUUGUUCCUGAAGCACAUUGGGGAGACCAAUAUCGCCGACAUCUUGACGGCGGCUGUGGAGACGCGCCCUACACCGCUCUGUUAUCUCCAUUUGGUCCAUGGCGGAGGAGCAGUCGGUGACGUGGCGGCAAAUUCUACCGCAUUUGGCUGCCGAGACUGGGACUUCGCCUGUGUGGUGACCGGUGUCUGGGCCCGGGAGCAGGACGGUGCUGAGCCCGCUCGAGCCGCUAUGGACUGGGUCUACAAGGUCGCCAGGGAGUUGCUGCCCGUGAGCUGCGGAGCGUACGGCGCUGACCUCGGGCCAGACCCCCGAGACGCGGAGCUGGCUGCCAGGGCGUUCGGACCAAACAUAGCUCGCCUGGCUCAUAUCAAACGCGCUUUCUGGGACCCGUGCAAUGUGCUAUCGUACGGCUGUCAACUCCCGAGGGUAUCCAUGGAGCCAAAGCUUAUCGUUCUCGUCACCGGGAAGAGCGGCGCCGGAAAGGAUCACUGCGCAGACAUCUGGGUCUCCGUAUUUAAGAACAGAGGAUUCAUGGCAUGCGCCGUCAGCAUCAGCGAAGCGACCAAGCGCGAGUACGCGGCAGCCACUGGCGCCGAUGUGAAUCGUCUAUUACAGGACCGUGCCUACAAGGAGCAACACCGACCAGCAUUGACAGUCUUUUACCAGAACCAGGUACAGCAACGGCCCCGGCUACCAGAGGAACAUUUCCUGGAGGUGGUUAAAAGCGCUGUGGAUGUGGACGUGCUGUUCAUCACGGGCAUGAGGGACGAGGCGCCGGUUACGUUUUUCUCGCACCUGGUACCGGAAAGUAGACUGGUCGAAGUUUACAUCCAAGCUAGCCACAAGACGCGGCAAGCUCGCCGGACUGGCAACCGCAACGAUGACCCGGAUCCAAGUCCACCACCCUUGAACUACUGCCCCAGUUUCGUCUUCGACAACGACGCAACUGGAGACGGGGUCGUUAGAGCGUUUUCCGAGCACCACCUGCUCCCCUUAUUCCACGAAGAUCUGCAGCGGCUGGCAGUUAUGGUGCGCUCAGUCCCGGACUUUCCACGCCCCGGCAUCGAGUUCCGCCACGUGCUCGGCAUUGCCCAGCAGCCGGGCGGGCUGACCCUGUGCACCGCCCUGCUGGAACGUCACUUCUCCCGCCAGUGGUCUGAGGUCGACGUGGUGGCAUGUUGCGAGGCCGGUGGUUUCAUCUAUGCGUCGGCGCUGGCGGCCCGAGUCGACGUGCCCUUGGCGCUGAUCCGCGAGGCUGGCAAGCUGCCCCCGCCUACCGUAUCCGUUGCCAAGUCCGCCUCAUAUAUCUCGGCCUCGGCAUCCAAUCACAACCCCAAGGCAAGGAUCGAGAUUGACCAGGAUUUGGUCCGUAAGG